UUUAUUCGGUGCGAUAUUCUCUGUUUCCCAACCCUGGUUUAGAAGCGAUUCUUUGUUUACAUUCAAAAUGGCGAAGACUUACGGAGACAAGCCAGUUAGCUUCCAGCUUGAGGAAAAUGGCGAAUUUUGGUGUAUUGGGUCUGAGGUGGGCAACUACCUGCGGUUGUUCCGUGGGUCACUCUACAAGAAAUUUCCUGGCAUGUACAGGAGAUCCAUAACCAAUGAUGAGCGAAAAAAGUUGAUGGAGUUGGGUCUGACCCAGCACGUGUUGGCUUCUAACAUUUCACUGCUGAGGGCCUCUGAGGUGGAAGACAUUAUUGAAGGCAAUGAGGACAAAUACAAAGCCGUGUCAGUCAGGCAACAGCAAGACCCUGAGGCAGCUGCAGCAAGCAGAGCAGAGAGGCAGGUGAAGAAGCCUGCGGCUCCCUGGGUCCCUACUAUCUCCAACUCCUCCCACCUUGAUGCUGUUCCCCAGGCCACCCCCAUCAACAGGAACAGAAUAAUUUCCAAGAAGAUACGAACAUUCCCCAUGUGCUACGAUGACCUUGACCCAGCACAGAUCCACGAGAACUCCUGCCAGAAGGAGGAGCUUGUUCCCAUCCGUCUUGACAUGGAGAUUGAAGGCCAGAAACUCAGGGAUACUUUCACGUGGAACAGAAAUGAAAUGCUCAUUAGUCCCGAGCAAUUCGCAGAGCUCCUGUGUGACGAUUUGGACUUGAACCCCCUCAUGUUCGUGCCAGCCAUCUCCACUGCCAUCAAACAGCAGGUUGACCAGUAUCCCUCCCAGACCAUCAUAUCGGAACACUCUGAUACACGUAUUGUCAUUAAGCUAAACAUCCACGUGGGCAACAUCUCACUCAACGACCAAUUUGAGUGGGACAUGGCCGAGCCAGAAAACUCCCCGGAAGAGUUUGCAACGCGCCUCUGCUCUGAGUUGGGUCUUGGGGGGGAGUUUGUGACUGCCAUUGCCUACUCUGUCCGCGGGCAACUCUUUUGGCACCAGCGCACCUAUGCCUUCAGCGAGGCCCCAUUGCCUGUGGUGGAGGUUCCCUUCCGAUCCCAGAGCGAGGCUGAACAAUGGUCUCCAUUCCUCGAGACACUCACCGAUGCAGAGAUGGAGAAGAAGAUCAGGGACCAGGACAGAAACACCAGGAGAAUGCGACGACUGGCAAACACAACCCCAGUGUGGUAGUUCUAUUGUGUGUGAAUUACUGGUAUUUUAGA